UGCGUUUCCAUCCAGUGCGUGCGCCCGGUGUCCGCACGUGUAGUGACAUUCCGUAAUCGGAUGCGUAUACGGAACGGACCAAAAAUCGUACAUGGAACGGCGCCCUUCAAAACCAGGAAGUAGUCGACCGCCGUCGUCCGUCGUCAUAUUUCCAAAGUUGUAAAGAGUGUUGGGAAUUACGGCAGAUCCUGGACAGUAACGCUGGACGCAGAGCAUCUUAUUUUAUCGUGCAUCUACCCGUUUUCAGAUGCAACCUUGGAUGCAGGCUUGACGUAUAUCCUGAGGGAGGAAACUGUCGAGGUAUCGCCCGGUUUAUCGAUCUCCUGAAAAAGGGCCAGGUUGUUUGUUCAUCUCACGUAACGCAGCAUCACAUUGUCCUGUUCGGGCUAACUCCUGUACAUGCCAGGAAACAGUUACUGAUGUGCUAAAAAUAGAGUUCACUGGAAUUCCCCACCAUUUGGUCCGUCGUAUAAAGUGAUGGACAGAAGUUCAGAGUUGGACAAUGUCUAGACCGACAGAUCUGCGACUGAACGGAACGAGUGACAGAGAAACCAAUAUGCCACCCAUACCCCAGAGACGAGACUUCAGUCCCAUGGCAUCUAGGCCAUUUGGUGGAGAAUGCGUGGAAGCACUCUCCCUGGACUACUAUUACGGCAAAAUCGAAAAUUCACAGGUGGAGGAACUGUUGAGACCAUACAUGGACGCCAGAGGAACAUUUAUUCUCCGAGACAGCAACACCGAACCAGGAGUUAUCACAAUAUCUGUGGUCGAUAACCCCAGACACAUCUAUCACUUCAAGGUCAACUGGACAUCGGGCUUGUACGAAGUCACCGAAAAGCUCAGAUUCCGCUCGCUGGGGGAUCUCGUCAAGUUCUUCAACAUCAACGAUGUUCCGAGCAGAAACACAUCUCAGCUCAAAUUGUUGACUCCAAUCUCAAGAUCCUCUCGAAGGAGUCCCCCCAACAGCCCUCCCACGGAACUGAGGUCACCUACACGUCCACCCCGUCCACCUAGAACUAUCAGCCCACAGGCGAGCUGGGAGCAGUCGACUGCAGACAGUUUCAUUAAUUUGAGGGGCCCGAUGCCCAUACCUAAGCCCGGCACAGAGCCUAUUUACAUCGACAAUGACCACGUCUAUUGUCGGGCCGAGGACCUCAAGAAGUCCAAGGUUGACGAGAUCAUGGAACUAUGCAAGUUGUCAGACCAGAAGUUCAAGAAGUGCACCUGCGGGCUGUACAUGGAACAGUCCAUAUUGGUGGAGGACUGGAUGAUGCACAUCGACAGGCCAACGGAAAACCAAACAGGAAGUGGCCGGGUCUUUUUCGUCAAUUCGGUCUCAAACCUCACGCUUUGGGAGUUGCCGGACAGAGUCAUGUUCCUACUCAGCCAGCAACAGCCCGAAAAAUACAGAUUUGUGCAAAAACUUCUGCAAGAAGGAGGCAAUCUUUAGAUAGCCAAUUGUAAAUCCUUUGUACUUAUCAUGUAAAUUGUUGUUUUCUUUGCUGAAAGUGUUUAUCAUUGUAAAUACUGCACAUGAUUUGUACACACAUAACCCCAAGCACUGGCCCAAUUUCAUGGCGCAGCUUACUGCAGAAUUCCAUACUUACAAUCUCUAUUCUGCGCUAACCGUGCAAGCAGAAAAAUUCUGAGCUGACCCUUAAAGCACAGAAUCCUGUACACGUGCACAAGCCACAAUUCCUCGCUAACCCGUGAAAUACGUUCAGCGUAAGCGCAGAAUGUUCUACUACAGUAAGCGCCAAUUUUUCGCUUGCAGUAAGCAGCACCGUGAAAUUGGGACCUGGUCAAGUCCAAGUCGACAACUUUACAGAUCUGAGCUUACUUUGCCAAGGUCCAUUUGAUGCAGGUGACAAUCAGCAUAAAUUAAAUCUGUGCGCUUAAAGCUAGGAAUGUUAUUUAUGUAAAAUUAAUAUUGACUGAUUGGAUUAUUCCCUGUUGUAAUUACCUUGUCCUUCAUCUGCUUGUAACUUGUGUAGAGAGACCAAAACAUUUGCACAAGAACAUUCAUGUUUAGGGUAUGACAUUUGACACAGUCUGUGCGAUUGUUACUGUAUUUUUAUGGGAAACAGAAAUGUAUCUGAAUGUUGGCGGGAAGGAUUCCACUCUACUUUUACCAAGUCAUGAGCCUUUCAGAUUUAUGUACAUAUUGAUCAUUUUUGCAUGGCUCUAUCUCUCU